CAUGUCUUUGAGUCUGAGACGGUGAGUGGAUCCACAGCCCUCAGCUCUGGGCCCUGAUCUGGUUCGGUCCAGCCGGAGAUAUAGCAUGUCCAGCUCGGGGUUUCCCCCCAACCAGGGGAGCUUCAGCAGCGAGCAGAACCGCUACCCACCCCACUCGGUCCAGUACACCUUCAGCACUGGACGACACCCAUCGGAGUUCACAGUUCCAGACUACCGUAGUCACAUACAGGACCAGCAGCAAGGACGCCGCAGACCCUCCCUGCUAUCAGAGUUCCACCCCGGGACAGAGAGACCGCCAGAGAGGAGGCAUGGCUAUGAACAGCAGUUUCACACAGUGUCUGCUCAGCCAGAGCACGAGAGCAUGGACGCCAAGCGUCCUCGCAUCGAGGGGGUUUCUGACGCCCACUUCCCCCGGGCACCCCCGGGCAGCAUCGUUGUGCCUGUACCACACUCUGUACAGGACGGAAUGAGGGUCACUCCAGACAUCAAAAAGGAGGCCCAGUUCAGCGUGAAGGUGGAGGCCUCCUCCCCAGUGGGAGGGCAGCAUGUGGGAGAGGAGCCCGACACCUCCCCUUCCAAACUGUCCAAGGAGGAGCUGAUCCAGAGCAUGGACCGUGUGGACCGCGAGAUCGCCAAGGUCGAGCAGCAGAUCUUCAAACUCAAGAAGAAACAGCAACAACUGGAGGAGGAGGCGGCCAAGCCAGUGGAGCCAGAAAAGCCAGUGUCUCCACCCCCUGCUGAACACAAACAUCGCAGCAUUGUCCAGAUCAUUUACGACGAGAACAGGAAAAAAGCAGAGGAAGCUCAUAAGAUAUUGGAGGGCCUGGGUCCUAAAGUGGAGCUGCCGCUGUACAACCAGCCGUCGGAUACCAAAGUCUACCACGACAACAUUAAGACAAAUCAAGUGAUGAGAAAGAAGCUGAUUCUGUUCUUCAAGAGGAGGAACCACGCUCGCAAACAGAGGGAGCAGAAAAUCUGCCAGCGAUAUGAUCAGCUGAUGGAGGCCUGGGAGAAGAAGGUGGAGAGGAUGGAGAACAAUCCGCGGAGGAAAGCCAAGGAGAGCCGUACUCGAGAAUACUACGAGAGACAAUUCCCAGAGAUCCGGAAACAGCGAGAGCAGCAGGAACGAUUCCAGAGGGUUGGCCAGAGGGGGACAGGUUUAUCAGCCACCAUCGCGCGCAGUGAGCACGAGAUCUCUGAGAUCAUCGAUGGGCUGUCAGAGCAGGAGAACAAUGAGAAGCAGAUGAGGCAGUUGUCGGUCAUUCCACCGAUGAUGUAUGACUCAGAGCAGAGGAGAGUGAAGUUCAUCAACAUGAACGGGCUGAUGGACGACCCCAUGCAGGUCUACAAGUCCCGUCAGUUCAUGAACGUCUGGACCGAACACGAGAAAGAGAUCUUCAAGGAGAAGUUUGUUCAGCACCCUAAGAACUUUGGCCUGAUUGCGACGUAUCUGGAGAGAAAGAGUGUGCCUGACUGUGUUCUCUAUUACUACUUGACCAAGAAAAAUCAGAACUAUAAAACUCUGGUGAGGCGCAACAUCUGCAGACGACGAGGCAGAAACCAGCAGAUUACACGACCCUCACAGGAAGACAAGUCGGACGACAAAAACGAAGAGGACAAAGCAGAGAAAUCAGAGAAGAAAGAGGAGGAGGAACGAAAGAAAGAGGAAGAGAAAGAUGAAAAAGAGGACUCUAAGGAGAUUGGCAAAGACAAAGAGAAGUGUGAGGGAGGAGAGGAGGAGGACGGAAAAGAGCAGAGCACGCCGCGCGGGCGAAAAACGGCCAACAGCCAGGGCCGCAGGAAAGGCCGGAUCACCACGCGCUCCAUGGCCAACGAAGCCGCGUCUGUGGCUGCCGAAGAGCCUGCUCCACCGCCGCCAGAGCCAGUUUUACCAGAACCCGCCCAGCCUUCCAAAGCCGAACCGGUCCAGAAACCAGUGAAGGAACCGACCAAGCCCGCGCCCGGCCCCAGCAUUGACCCUCAAGCACGAGGAGCGGUCGAGGCUGGGGAAACAUCUCGCUGGACCGAGGAGGAGAUGGAGAUCGCCAAGAAAGGGUUAGUGGAGCAUGGUCGUAACUGGGUCGCUAUUGCUAAGAUGGUGGGCACUAAGAGUGAGGCACAGUGCAAGAACUUUUACUUCAACUACAAGAGAAGACACAACCUGGACAACCUGCUGCAGCAGAACAAACAGGAUGCCAGGCGGUUGAGAGGUGAUCGUGACGUGUCUAGGAGCGAGAGUGCUGCUUCCACUGCCUCGGCCGUCGAUGAUGAGGAUGAUGAAGACAGUGAAGGAGCAGACAACAGCUCUGACACAGAAAGCGCCCCAUCCCCUUCUCAGGCUGACCAAUCAAAAUCCACCGACUCCAACUCCCAGAGCGCCGCAGCGGACGCCACGUCAGAACAGGAGCCCGCGUCCUCCAGGGCCUCCACCGCGGACCCCAAGGGCCAGGAACCUCCUUAUGGGGAGCUGAGGGUGAAGCUGGAGAAGAGUCCGGAAGGUGGCGGCGGGGAGGGUGUGUCCCAGGAGGAGCGUGCCCGGGGAGCCUACGAGGGGGGCGUGCACCCCAAAAGCGAACCCCAGGACGUGGAGAUGGGCCCCGGGGACGUGCAGGUGAAGACGGAGCCGGAGCUGAAGGAGAAAGGGGAGAAGCAGAGCGACACGGCCGGGCAGAGAGAGCACCCGCACUCGGACAACGACUCCAGCGCUACCUGCAGUGCGGACGAGGAUGUGGACACGGAGCCGGACAGACAGAGGAUGUAUGCGGUGGACAAGCCGUCAUUGCUGAACGUUGCAGGCUCGGUUUCGGCAGCCAAGCAAGCCAGUCUGAGUAUACAGCAGCUUCACGAGCGUGCCGCUGCCAUUCCACCAAUGGUCCCAGGCCCGUUUGGGGCGGCGGGAGUCCCGGCGGGAGUGACCGGGUACACGAUGCUCCAGCACCAGAUCAAAGCUGUGCACGAGUCCGCCCAUCAGGACGACAAGCAGAGACAGGAGCAGAACGACCCGGACCGACGGCCUCGCAUCACCAGCCACAGCCCCUCCGUACUGGACCGAGACGGCAAGCCGUUUGCCUACAUGCCUUAUGUGUUGGAUCCCGAGGUCCAGGCCCAUGGGGUUAGACCUGGUUCUCCAUACAGGCUCUCUCCCCGGGAGCACAGUAAAGCCUCUCCCCAGCCUGACCCUGCCAACCCAGCCCGCUACAGUGUGCCGCCAGUGCUGCAGCCGGCUCCUAACCAAGUGGUUCAGAACCUUCCGGAUGGAGUGCGCAUGCCGUUUUCUAGGCAACGCCCAACCAACAUUCCAUCGCCUCCUCCUCUCAUUCCCUCCUCCAAACCCACGGACAAGCCCUCCUUCAUCCAGGGAGGAUCCAUCUCGCAGGGGACUCCCGGGACAUACCUUCCCUCUCAUACACACGCUGUGUACGGUCCAGAAGGAGCCAAAACCGUGGGCUCCAUCUCACUGGGCCUGCCCCGCCAACAAGACCCCGGCAAACCUGUGUCCUGUAUAAAACAGGAGGACAUGCGGGGUCCGGGUGCCCAGGCGGAGGGUCUUCUCUCCAGGGCUCAGUACGAGGGUGUAGUCAGAGGUGGGCCUAUUCAGGUCCCAGACAUGGCCUUAGCCAGGGGUCCCUCUGGAAAAAACCCAGAAGGCAUGCCCUUCAGAGGAUCCAUUACACAGGGUACUCCAGCUCUGUCCCAGUCUGCCAUAGCUGCAGACCUGUUGAAAGGCACUAUAGCUAAACUGGCCACAGAGGACCUGAGCAGUCCAGAGAAAGGCCGGCCAGACACGCUCUCCAAGGCCCACGUAAUCUUCGAGGGACAGAUGGGCCAUAUCCUGUCUUAUGAUGCCAUUAAAAACCCAAGGGAAGGUACCAGAAGCCCGAGGACAGGCCAUGAGCUCAAACGCACUUACGACAUGAUGGAGGGGCCCAGAGGUCACGGGGUGAGGGAGACAGCCCCGUAUGAGGGCCUGAUCAGUAGAGCCCUGCCCAGAGACCCAGAGUCUAAAGACAGGACUGUACUCACUGGAUCCAUCAUGCAAGGGACACCCCGAGCUUCAUCAGACGCUUUUGAGGAGGCAAAAUACAGCAAACUUAUCAAGAGGGAGAGUCCACCGAGUCGCUCUUUUGAAGGGGGGAUUACCAAGGGCAAGCCUUAUGAAGGGGUUAACACUAUUAAGGAGAUGGGUCGUUCCAUUCACGAAAUCCCCCGCCCAGAUCACGCAGGACAAGACAGUCGUAAGACUCCUGUUCUGGAAGGUUCCAUCACCCAGGGAAUCCCUCUGAAGUAUGAGAACCAGACUGCCAUCAAACACACCGUCAAGUCCCUCAUCACCAGUCCCAGUAAACCAGCGCAUUCAGUCAUGCCCCAGCUGGAGGCCGUGGACCGAGACAGGAUCAAAUACGAGGAGGCCAAGGGCUCCGACCGCGACCGUGUACGGCACACCUCUGUGGUCAACUCGGCCACCUCCGUCCUGCGGUCCACUCACCAGGAGGCGGGAAAAGCUCAGCUUAGCCCGGGCAUGUACGAAGAUGCCAACGCCCGCCGAACGCCUGGCAGCUACAGCAGCAGCUCCAUGUCCAGAGGCUCGCCCAUGUUACGGGCCCCAGAGGGAGGAAUAACGUCUGGGAAACCCACGUCACACGAGAGGAAGAGCGCUUUGACCCCGACCCAGAGAGACAGCGUCCCGGCCAAGUCUCCCGUCUCCGGCGCCGACCCCAUGGCCUCCCACAGUCCGUUUGACCCGCACCACCGACCCGUGGUACCCGGGGAAGUGUACCGGGCCCACAUGCCCCACCUGGACCCCAGCCUGGCCUUCCAUCCUGCUUACAUGUUUCCGCGGCAACCGUCUCCGACCGGCUUCCACAACACGUACCAGCUGUACACCAUGGAGAACACCAGGCAGACCAUCCUCAACGACUACAUCACGUCCCAACAGAUGCAGGUCGUGCCACGCCCUGAUAUGGCCAGGGGACUGUCGCCACGGGAACAGCAGAUCGCCAUCCCCUACCCGCCCGGGGCGAGAGGUAUAAUAGAUCUAGCCCAGAUGCCUCCAACUAUCCUGUUGCCACACCCAGGGGGAACAGGUUCUCCCUCAUUGGACCGCAUCACCUACAUCCCCGGACCUCAGCCCCCUUUCCCUCCUAGGGCCUUCAACCCUGCAUCCAUUUCUCCAGGUCACCCGGCCCAUUUGAGCGCCUCGGCAGCCAGCGUAGAGAGAGAACGCGAGAGAGACCGCGAGCGUGACCGAGAGCACCGCGAGCGAGAGAAAGAGAGGGAAAAAGAGAGAGAGAGGGAGCAGAGGGAGAGAGAGAGGGAGAGAGAGAGGGAGCAGCGAGAACAGCGGGAGAGAGAGCGCGUUGCGGUCGCCAGUGAGUACAUGCGUGGAGGCCCAGAGCAGCCAGGCAGGCCUGGUAGCCGUAGUUACCUACGUUCUCCCUCCCCCUCUGUGAGGUCACAGGAGGGCGUGGUCCAACAGAGGCCCAGCAUCUUCCAGGGAACCAACAGCAAGAGCGUCAUCACCCAGCUCAUGUAAGACUACCCUCUGUCAGCUGCUGCCGCUCAGCCUGGUUCACGCUACGGCAAUGCAGCCGACGCACUGGCCGCACUGGUGGAUGCAGCAGCCUCUGCCCCUCAAAUGGAGGUGGGGAAAGUUAAAGAGGGCAGGAGAGAGGAGGGAGGAGCGAGUCGCGAGGAAGAGAUGGCGUCGGCUCGGAGGGCGGCGGCUUUAGAGCAGCAGGAGGCGGAGAGACGCUCCAUGCAGUCGCCUUACGGCAUGUCGCUGCCUGGGGGAAAGCCACACCCCUCUUACAGCGAAGGGGCGGGGCCAGGGACCGCAGGGGCGGGGAAAGACAAACCUCCGUCCACAAAGUCACGCAUCGAGGAAGAGCUCCGCACACGAGGGAAGACCACGAUCACAGCCGCCAAUUUCAUCGACGUCAUCAUCGCGCGACAGAUCGCCUCGGAUAAGGACUCGCGAGACAGAGCGUCCCAGAACGCUGAACCUUCCGGAAACUCAUCGUCUGGGCGGUAUGAUGCUCAGGGGGGAGGAGCCAUAGAAGUGAUCAGUCCUGCCAGCUCUCCAGUACAAAGCCAGGAGAAGGCAGAGGGUGCGUUUCCCCCGGAGAAGAGCUCACAGCAGGGCACAGGUGGGAUGAGAGGGUUUGAAAUGAGUCGCUAUCGCCAGCAGGGGGAGUCAGCCGCACCCCAGCUUCCCCCUUCAUCACAGAGUGACGGAUAUAACCCAGUCCCUAAAACACACCGCGUCAUGACCCUGGCCGACCACAUCUCGCAUAUCAUCACGCAAGACUUUGCCAGGAAUCAGGAUCCUGCUCCUCCCUCCAGCUCCCUGCCCGCCUCCUCCUCCUCGGCCACGCCCACAUUCCAGAGCUCGGUGGCGGGCGCUGGGUCGAGAGGUGCCAAACUUCCCAGUCGCUACAGCCCCGAAAACCAAGUCCACCCCUCACACCAUCAGAGACCACCCAGCCAAGUUUCCCCAGAGAGUGCUGCCGACAAGCCCCGGUCCAGACCAGGGAAAUCUCCGGAGCGCGGUGGGCGUGGUCUGGAGAACUAUGAGCCCAUCUCUCCUCCUCAGAGUUACCCGGGCAGCAUGGACAAGCAGGACCCAGGUCUGCUCCAGAGCCAAAGACGAGAUGCAGAACUCCCCGAGCAGAGGACGGACUCUCGCUCUCCAGGCAACAGUAGCUACCUGCCCUCUUUCUUCACCAAACUGGAGAACACGUCGCCCAUGGUCAAAUCCAAGAAGCAAGAGAUCUUCCGUAAGCUGAAUUCCUCUGGUGUCGGUAAUGCUCAGCCAGGCACAGAAAUUUUCAACCUGCCUGCAGUGACCAGCUCAAGCAGCAUAAAUCCGAGGAACCAUUCGUUCAGUGACCCGGCAAGUAACCUGGGCCUGGAGGACAUUAUCCGGAAGGCUCUGAUGGGCAAUAUGGAGGAGAGGCAGGAUGACCAGUCUCUCCCCCCCAAUCCAAACAGCUCUGCCCCCGACAGCCGACAGGAGACCAACCCCUCACCCAGCUCAGGUACACGCUCGGGGAAGCAGAAGCUCCAGGGUAAGGCCAGCAGCCGUAAAUCCAAGUCGCCCACCCCGGGACAGGCCUACUCCAUAGGGGAACGCCCGUCAUCAGUCUCAUCUGUCCACUCAGAGGGGGAUUACCACAGACAGGCCCCAGCGUGGGCGUGGGAGGACCGACCCUCAUCCACAGGCUCCAUGCAGUUCCCUUAUAACCCUCUGACAAUGCGAAUGCUGAGCAGCACACCACCUGCCUCCAUGGCCUGCCCCUCACCCUCCAUGCAGUCCCAGCAGCAGCCACAGGGGGGUGCCGCACCUGUGGCCCCCAACCGCGUAUGGGAACGGAAACCGCUGCUGUCGGAGCAGUACGAGACCCUGUCGGACAGCGACGACUGAGCCAACCUACCAGUUCCAGCCUCUCUCUCUCUCUCUCUCUCCCUCUCCCUGUCCUGCUCUAAGGAACGCCCUGUAUGAGUACUGCACCCAGCCAUUGAGAGUAGGCCCUGGGUGGGAGGAGUCUUUUUUUUUAGUGCGCCAGCGACCCCUGGUGGUAAGCUGCGGUAACCGCAGCCAGAAUCUUCAGGAGACAUGAACUCUUUCAAUGUGUGGAAGCUUUAACACGAUCUGUCUGCCACAGGACGAAAACUCUUAUAAGGCCAGAAUACAGAACAGCGAAAACCAUGAAGAACUUGUAAAGAAAUGGAAAAAAAAAACAAAACAAAAAAGAGACUCUGCUCAGAUUUGUUCAGUUUCUGUAAAGAAAUGCUACUUUUGUCUUUAAAAAGAAAAAAAAAUCAAUGUAUGUAAAUAGAGUAACCUUUUUUUGUGCUGUGUGUGUGUGUGUGUGUUUUUGUUUUUCUCCUUUUUUUUUUUCUUGUUUUAAUGUUGCUUUUAAACCAGAGUCCCGUUGGUUUGAGUGGAUGUAAGAACUGUGAGGUUUGCAUUCCUUGAAGGUGCAGUGAACCUUUUAGGCCCUGUCUGCAGCCUUACCAUCAGAGACUUCAGUGAACAAACCAACUGUCCCCGCCCCCUGUCCCCGCCCCUCUCCCACCACCCGCCACCACCAUCACCAUCACCACCACCACAACAGCAAGGACUCCCAAACCACACGGAAAAGUGAGCAUUUCAGUUGCACGCUUGUUAGACGGGGCAGUAUCUCUGCGUGGCGCUGUGGAGACGCGUGAAUGGAACGUUUUUCAAAC